AUGGAGCCGCUACCGGCCACUUUCUACGGUGACAUCGACCCCAAGAACCCCGUGAUCAUAACGUUUGAAAAUGAAAUCAAACAGCUGCUCGGCUUCCUGCGAAAAGUGCACCGAUCUUCCCCAUCAGAGAACCAGCACCAGGACUACAGGAAGGGAACCAAUACUUUGUUUCAUAUAUGGGUCAAGUAUAAACCGAGACUGCCUGCCAGCUAUUACCAAGAAAAGCUUCUUAAGGUUGGAGACAGCCUUGUUCAAUUUAAAGAAUACAGACUGGCCCUUUAUCAGUGCUAUGGACGAUACCUAGAACAAUUUUGUUCAGUGAAUAUUGAUGAUAUUACGGACAUAAACCAAUUUCAAACCUCAUUUUUCCCAAAUGGAACAGAUGAUAAAAAAGCUGGUCUGACGUUCCACGCCUUGGAAGGAAGAUGCAUUUGUAUUUACCAGUUGGUGAAGACAAGUGACCCAAAUCUUCAAAAUGAAGAGUCACUGAAGAAAUGUCUGUGUAUACUGUCAUUCCUGCAGCUCAUCAUGCAAGUCGUUCUACCACAGGAAAAUCUGUGCUGGUUGAUUUUCAAUGGCUCACUUUAUAUAUACACUAUCUGCAGACAUUUAAUGGUCCGGGGACACUCAGCUAAGGCUCUCGAAUUCCUUUUGUGGGCCAGCGUCUGCAUGGAGUCGUCCGUUCCUCUUCUGUCUGUGCACUACCUGAGAUGGAGGGCCACACUGUACACAGCUGUCUGUCAGUGCUAUUUUGACUGUCAGGCAGGCGUACAUGGAGAGGUAUUUGCCCGACGUGCUCUCAGCAAGAUCAAUGAGCUUAGUCAACUCGAAAACAUGAGCAAUGCCUCGUUCUCGCAGGAGGCAAAAAAUGCUUUUAAAGAGGCUACACUGAAGAUGGCAGUAAUGAUUUUCAAAAGGGCAGUUUUUGAGUCAAGAAGAAAACCGAAAGGCAUUCUGCGACCAAAGCAAAAGAGUAAUCUGAAGGACGUAGAAAAGUUACCAUGGCCCCGAACCAACACAGAGAAGCUUCUUAUUGAGAUGUUUGAUAACAGCGCUGCCCAGUUUCUUGCAAUUCUGGAGGCCUUGUCUGACAGCAACAGGCGAGUGUUGCAGGCUGGACCUCCAGUACCUAAUGAACCGGAGAUCUACGAUGUGAUAGAUGAGCUGUUUUUUGCAGGAAUGGAUAUUCUUUCAGGUGGAGGCAACAAAACAGAACGUGGAUCUCCGGGAAAUCAUCAAUUUGAACUUUCUAAAUUGCUGCAACCAUCUUCACUGAUGGACCUAGCGAUUGAAGAAAGGGAUGCUGUUUCUGCAGAGGCCGCUGUGAAAUUUGCAAAGCUGGCAUUUAGCUACGAACAUUGGGAUGUAUUUGAUGCCAUUAUAACUCAAAUAUAUACAUUCCUACAGGCACAAGAUGCAUCAAAAUGGAAGAAAGAAGGAAUUGAUCUAAAGCUACUUAUUGCAGCAGAACCAUUAUUAUCUGGGAAAAAGCAUAAACAUGGCAUCCGUAUUUGUGAAAAAGAUCUGAAAAUCGCAGAAAUAGCUGGCUCACUGGGUAUUGUUGGACUUCAAGGUGAAUCUCUGGGAGACAGGCAUUCCGAUGAUCACAUAACUUUGGCAGAAACUCUGUUUUCCUGUGCCUAUAAUUCUUCACAGGAUGUCCAGGCAGACAGAGACAUUGUCAUUGAUGUUAUAUUGUUUCUAUGGCAAAAGUGCAAAGUUGGAGUCCAGCGAAUUACUGCUGCUACAAGUGAAGGGUCCAAAUUUAUGCAGAGAUCAGAGCUAAAUAGCAAGUGGAUCUAUAUACUUUGCCUCCUGUAUGAGGCUAUGCAACACUGUAAUAUAAUCGAUGCAGAUGCUGUUAUAAUGGGAGAAGCUGCGUUAAGGUUAUCAGGAAUCUGUGAAAGUAUGGCCGACUCCACACUAAAAUAUGGAAGAAAGUCAGACAGGUCACUUGAAAAAAGGAAUGUAGAUACAAGUUCACAAGCACAGAUUUCUGAUAAGCGGAUAUCCUUAAAGAGAGAUCCUGUAACACAACUUGUUUUUGCAAAUGAGACACUGGAAAAAGCAAUCAAAGGAAUUUCUCUUGCGCGUUCUCAUGGCAUCAUGCCAGAUGAAGCAUCUGUGAUUGACCACUACUGUGGAACGCUAGGUGCAAAGAGUCCGCAUUUAAAAAAUGCUUCCGAGGUGCAGAACAGCGCAUCCAAAUCGCUUGCAAAUAGUCUGAUGAUGAUGGAUUUACAACUUGAGUUAAUUGUAACUCAGCACCGAGUGUCUGUCAAACUUCUCAAUCUUCUGCAAGGGGGUAGUGGCUAUAUAAGACCAUUGAAAAGCUCUCUUAGCAAGCAAGGACAUUCUGAAUCAUCACAUUUCCAAACCGAAUCUGAAAUAAUUGAUAAAAUAAAGAAGAAUAAGUUGUCCCUGGCUAUUUUUUUCAUGCAAAAGGCGGUUCAGUUUAAUGUUGGAAGUGGUGGAGUGUCUCCUAACAAACUCCUGGAGGAUUCAGAGAAACUGAUUGAAAAAGCAGAAGCCGAAGAAAGCGCAGUUUACUUACCUGGCAUCAAGCCAUCAGAAACUUUAAAAAAUGGCAAUAAAAAUAUACCACCCGCUCCCAUUUUGAUUUGCAGAACAGAAAAUUCAAUGGUGUUUAAACCGGCUCGAUUUAAAUCAGAUGUUAAGGUGUCUUGGUUCUGUCUAUACGGUCGAUGUGUAACAGGUCCUAAUUUGAAAGUAAGAUUGAACGACUAUCAACUUGCUGGAACCGGUGAGCAGAUACCAGCAAACAGCAGUAAUGUAUUGGAAGUCACGGGUCUCCAAGCGAAUGAGAGAUACAUAUUUGCAGUUGCAGCCUUUUCCUCAGAUGGAGUUCUCAUCGGAGAUUCAAUUGGAGAAACAAGCAAGCCAAUUGUUGCUUUUCCUCCCCUUCCAGUGCCUGCUACAUGGGCUCAUCUAGCGCAGAGUGCAUAUCAAGUUGGUAAUUAUCACGUUGCCAAGAAAGCUUGCUCGCUGCUGUGGAAUUACUUUGUUUUGCCGCCUGUACACUGUCCAUCAUCUGAUAUUGUGGCUUCAAAUCAUGAAGAUUAUGUUGUUCAAAAAAGACUGUGCCUUGAUGCCAUAUCAAAAUCUUCCCCCAUACUGCUGCAGCUUUUCCUCAGAAGUAUUUUUAUAUCUUGCGAUAUAAACAUAAAGGAAGGAUCUUUGUUUUGUGACUCGGUCUGUGACAAUGGGGUUCUUCGGAAGUGGCAAAUGUGUCGAAUAGCCGAAUGUGAGAGAUUGUUAGUGGCUCUUGACGUUAGUAGCUGGCACAAUGAUACCAGCUUUGCCCUUCAAGCUAUUGUUCAAUGCUACGGCCUGAUUGCUCCAUUAAUCUAUCACAGGAUCUCUACUGUUCCAGUAGUUCAGAUUCUAAUUAAGUGUUUGGUGGUUUUACAAGAAAUUCCAUGCAGCACCUGGCAGAAAAAACAAGCUGGUGUAAAUGGGGGCGUUCUGCACAUGAUAGCCUGCAUCGUGUACUAUGUAGUCAAGGUACUUCGUUCUUGGGAAGAAUAUGAACUAGCGAUAUCUGUCAUUGAAAUAGGGAAAACAUUACUGGAUAUGUCUGAAUAUGGUACAAGCUUUCCUCCGGUGCCACUUUCUCAUAUCGCUGGCAAUGAUGAGAUAGAGACCACAAAAGAAUCUACUGAAAAAGAAAAGGGUCCAAAAAAAGGUCAAAAAAAGAAAGUUCUUAUUGGUGAAAAAGUCAAUGAACAGUUGGCAGUGCUGGAACAAAACCUCCUGAACCUCACUAACCCAUCAGAUGAAAUAGAGCUAACAGGUGAAGAAGAUCCAUUAUUGCUCCACUCAGUAGUUUCGUGUUGGCCAGCAACUAAAGCUUACAGAGAAGUUCUGAAAUUCAGGAAGAAGUCUCGUUUCUUGGAGUUUUUUGUACAGCUUUUGCAGCGAGAAGUAUAUGAAGAAAAGUUUGCUCGAGUGGUGGAAUGGAGUGGUCCUGUGCUGGAUUUUCUGAAAAGAAGGAAUGAUCAGGUUUUCUGUAAAAAGAAAAAUGAGGAUCCUAUUGACGUGAUGGCAUCAACGGAUUCUCCCAAGAGAUACACCGCUGCCGUAGUUGAGUAUCACAAGGAUAAAGAAGCUACAACAUUGAAUCAGUCAAGAAAACUGGAUGUAACUAAAGAACAUAAGAAAAGCAUCAACACAAAGCAGAGGAAGCAAAGGGGACAGAGCCAACAAAGAAAUGUAGAAGAAGAUAAGAAGAAAAGGGCCUUUGUGACUUUAGUUAAGCUGUUGACACCAGUUGUUGCUCGAUACAUGCAACUCAAGAGACUUAUUAACACCUGCAGAGAAGAAAUGCCUUGGAGAUCCCAGAUGAACCUUCUUCUGGCAUUAACUCACUUCAGUAUAUUUAGAAAAAAGCUUGAUCAACACUACAAUGAUGAGCUGACAUGUUCCAAAAACAGCUACAGAAUUUUGGAUCCAGAAAUACUCUCUUUACAUAAUGCCGGCACUGUUGUCAUAGCAACAGAUGAUACUGUGGAUGAACAAAUAUCUAAUCCAGGUCACCUUCAUCCUUUACUUAAACUUGAUCUUUCAUCAGGAGUCAAACUAACAGAUUUAAAUUAUUUUUCUCAGCCGAGUACAAACAGAAGUGGAGAGGAUACCCCUCGAACCCAGUUGACAAAUGAAACCGAUACACCGCGAACCUUGAAAGAGGAAGAGAAGCGAGACCAGUCUGUACUCAUCCUCCGGGACCACCUAGGGAAGACAUUUAUUCAUAUGAAAAGAGCAGUUGUACUUGCUCAUCGAGGUGGUCACUGGACAUUACUACAGAAUGCCUGCCGCUGUCUUUGGAAUCUCACCCUUGAAUUACAGUUGGCUAUGAAGAAAAUGAAUGUCCCAAAGGUAGCAUUUCCUAUAAAUCAAGAACUCCUCAAUGAAGAAACAUGGAGGCCAUUCUACUCUGCCUCCGAUAUGCUACUGAACAUGCUAGUAAUCCUACAAAAUACAGGCGCAAUUAAGGUUCUCGAUACCGAAGAAUCGUUUAGUGUUCCGAGCGCUAUGGGUGGUAUUGCAGAUGAGGAAGGUGGAUCAAACCUGACUUUUGAAAAUCCCUUUGAUGAUGUCAGUGUGGUGGACUUGAGAUGCAUAUGUCAAAUAGUCCUCAAAGCUCUUGAAAUUUUAUAUCACGUGCAAAAAUGGGAAGCGCUGAUUCAUAUCGCAAUCCAGUUCAAUCUACUGACUCAUGAAAGAUAUACAGAGCAAGUAACUCCAUUACUGGUUCAUGCACAAAGGAUGGUGGCUGCUAGGAUACACAAUUCACUUGGAUCUGAAGCAACUGCACUUACUCUCAAUACCUAUGUACCUGAGCACAAAGGGAAGAUCCAUUGCAGGAAUUACAUUGGAAAACAUCCUGAUGUCGCUAACAUUUCAAAUAAAGACAGGACUCCAAGAGCAGAUAAAGAUGAAAAGCGACACAUUGGUAAUUCCGAUGAUGGGCAGGUUAAAGAAUUGGCGUCUGUACCUAUUGACGUGAUGGAUACUUUCACUUGCUUCAGGGAGAGUCUUCAGAAAUCAAAAUACCCAGGCAGAGCACUCCGACACAGCAGGAAAUUACUUAGUUUAUUUAUUGCACAUGGUCAAGGAUUCGAUGCACAAGAAGGACAGACCAUUCCGCGUACAUCCAACGGGAAAGUGGGUUUCUCUCAAGGAACAAUGCAAUCCCACCAGCCUUUCCCUCCGGACCUUUCAGAAGAAGAAUUUAAAUCACUUUACACAAUUGAAACUAAGACGAUUCCACCAUCACACCUUUCAACUGUGAUCUCUUCUUAUGACAAAACUAUUGAAAUUCUUCACUUGGACAACCAGCAAGGUCUGAAAGCUCAAGCUCUGCAUGAACUAGGCAGUCUGCAUUUAUAUGCAGGAAAUAAAAGAGCUGCUUUCAAAUGCUGGUGUCAAGCCCUUGAUGAAACGCUCAACAUGCCUGAUGCUCUUAAUUCAUGGCAGGAGCUCGAUAGUUCCCCAGACGGCACAAGCAAUGGAAGAUCUAAAGAUUACAGUGAGAAAUUUCUGUGCCGAGCGGGAAUUUGGGGUUGUUUGCUGGCUGCCGUCAUCACUGCUAAAAUGUCUCGGUACAUCCUGACAUCCAGUUUACGAAAGAGAACAGAAUGCUGCAUGCUUUCAGCUUUACUCUUCAAGGCUCUUUUUCAAGUGUCCCUGCCGCAUCCGAAGGAGAACCGUGACUUUGCAUUAUAUGAAAUUGGAGAAGGAUGUGAAAUAUCAGAACUGAUUCCUGGAAUAGAUCUGUUUUCUGAUCGAUAUAGAGCCGAUGUGAACACUGUUGUUGCCUGUCUAAGCUUCCUUGUGUACGAGUUACAUUCUGCUGGACAGGAUCUUGUGGUUUUGCCUUUGCUGUCAUUGUACCAAUAUUUCGUUUCCACGAUUUGCCGUGACCCAGUAAGAUCUGUUGAAGGAAGAUUCAUCAAGGUUAAAGUUUUAACAGAUCUGCAUCUGUUUGCUGAGGCCUGUCAUGAAAUUUCCAUUCUUAAUUAUGGGAAACGGAUUCCUAGAAGAUCAAAUAUUGGUUCGAGUUUGUCUGGAAAUCUAAUGAACUUUUCAAAAUUUUCAUCUUUAAAUUCAAUCCUCUCCAGAGAAAACCUGCAGGCCAUAGAAGAUGUUUUUAACCAGUCACCUGGCUCAGCUCUUACCUAUGUCUAUGACAAUGCAACGAUGAAUAAACUGGAGCUUGCUAAAAUGUAUUUCAUCCUCAAACUUUCUUCGACUAUUAAUGCCAUCCCUGAGGCAGAGGGAAGAUCUAGCCACAAGGGGAAGGAAGAAGAAAGCAUCAACCAAGAGAAUGGUUCAUUGGUCGAGGAGACUGAUGUCUUUGUGCAACUUCAUUCUGAAAAGGACCUUACACUUCCGAAAUUAAAGGGUAUUUUAUUAAAUGAAGCUGAGAGAAGAGUGAACUCCAUUCUACGAGAUUUGCAAGUGAAACACCAAAAUCUACUUGUGCAGUGUCCCGCAGGGGAAUUAGAAAUGGCAGUUGAGGCCAGGUGUUAUCUUGCUGAAGUAGCUCGACAGAGGCAUCAAACACCUUUGAGUGUGGCAAUGGCAUAUUCUGCAAUGCGUUUACUCCAAGAUGCUGAAAUAUUCACAAUGAAAAAUGUGGAUAAUGUAUCACCCCUUCUUCAGCAGUACUCUGAAAGAAACAAGAAGGUUGUAUUCCCAAGUUUGCCACGUGAUACAGAAGCCCGAGAGCGUUUGAGCAUGCGUACAUGGUUAAGUUGUCGCCUUAUCCUUGGUUCCAUUCUAACUGGACAGCUCCAAGGAGUAGCUAUCCAAGAUCAGGACAUGUUAGAUGCUUCCACCAUAAUAACGGAAGGUAUGGUAGAGGCUGAAACAUUGAGUGAUGUUGAGACCCAAGCCCAAUUAAUGCUGCAAGCAGCUACUCUGGAUCUUCAAGAGGGGCACCCAAAAAAAGGAGUGCAACUCCUGCUAGAGAAUAUAAUCCAUCUACUUGAAGGAAAACAUUUUAUUUGUCCCGUGGCAUGCUUUAUACUUGCUCAGAGCUACAUACUUCUGGCUGAUUUAAUGGAAAUAGGACAAGAGGAAAACCCACAGGUGUUUUGGACAAAGCAGCUGAACACAUACACUUUAGCUCACAAACUUAUCAUUAAACAGUGUGUUGUGCUUGGUGAAGUUGUCGAAAAUCAUGAAACAGAUCCUGUGUUAAUAUCUCCGCUGCUGCCUUUUAGAAACAUAUAUCUACCGCACAUAAAUUUACUGGCAAAAGUCAAGUUGAGAAUUGGUCAUCUUCUGACCCUGAAAGCUUGUUCGGUACCCGGAUCACUCUUGGAUGCCUCUGAUUUAUUGCUUAGCCAUAAUUUACAAACCAAAGCUUUAGAACUCUGUCAGAUGUCUUCUUUCAGAGAAUGGGAUUUGGAAACUGAUCUGCUUUUCCAGAAAGGGAGGAUAGAACGGCAGAUGUAUUUACUAGGUGACUUUGAAAAGUUCUCAGCCAUUAAAACGUUCUCAGACGCCAUCUGUGUGAGCCGCAAUUAUGAUCAAAACCUUGGCUUAAUAAAGAAAUCUUAUCUGGAGAUAGCCCUGUUGUAUCUGCACAAAGCAAAUUUGGAUACAAACAUGACAAAUGACACAAAUUCAUCAACCGUAAAAGCUUUGAAAGAAACUGUAUCAAAAAGGAAGGUGGAAACGGCAAAGGAAAAGGGCAACUCUGGAAAACCGGUGAACCCAUCAGAAUUCUACAGACUGCUGGCAUGGAUUGCAAUAAGAGCAGCCACACAGGUUGGCGAUGCUAUGCUGGCUUGCAAGCAGUUCAUUGGCCAGGAUCUUGGCAAUCUACCAACAAACGCACAUGAACAUCUUUCAUCUUUUGCAUAUAUGGAACUACUUACCUCCUACAAGAACUAUCUCCCAGAUGAUGGUCAAAUGAAUAUUUGGAGUCAAGACAGUUUUACUGCUGAAGGAGAAGGCGCUGCUGUGGACAAUAUGUACAAAGGAACACUAUCCUGGGUUCACCUUGUCCGCUAUCAUAGUCAUCUAAUGAGGUUGAUUAGCAUGACCAGUCCGAGUGGGUUCGCAAGACCAGUGGAUAGCAGAUGUUGUACAGGUGAUUCACUGUACACAUCUGUAUUCAAUAACGGAGUCAUCGUGUGCUUUGCAGAAAUGCACACGUUCCUGAAGAAGUACCUUAACGCUUAUGACAAAUGUUGUGUGGACGACUUCCCACAGGAGCUUCUCAAGGGUCUAGAGACGCCACUCACGGGAUUCAACAUGUCGAUAACGACAUCAAACAAAGAAUCUCAUCAGACACCACCGUCGCCAGGACAGGAACCCAUCGACGGAUCCAAAAACGAAGCUGCAGAUGAAAAAAUGGCAAUUGCAUCUUUAGGCACAGAACUCUGUAUACAGUGGUAUUUUCCAACCUUAGAAAGAUUAGACCACAGAAGAUCGAUGGUGUUGCUAUUGUAUGCGUACAAUAAGCAUAGUGUAAGCAUUAACGAUCCGAAAAUGUGUGACCCCUCUAACCUGCUCUGUGGCCAUAUUUGGAUCCCUUUGUCACGAGCUCUUUCGUUACACGAGAAGCUGUCUGAUUUGAAACAGCAGGCUGAACUGUCUCUGAAUCCUGUGGUGGAUCCACACUUUGAGAAGCAGAAGCAUUCAUCUCAAACUGCAAAAAGUAAAAAAGAUCUUGAAAUAACUCAAGUUCCAAUAGAACUGCAGGAAUUGACCAAGCAGUGCUGCUCGGAGGUCCAAAUGCUGCUGUCCUCUUCUCAGGAUUCCAAACCAUGCGUUCAGGCUCCAUUUGACAUCACUUUGCCAUCAUUAAUCAGGCUCAAGAAAAUUUUUGACCUGACUCACGGCUGUAUGUUAAUGAAGGGGAGCCUCUUAAACUGGAUAGUUUCACUGUUUACCUAAGAUGUAAUAAAAAAAAUAAUAUGCGUAAUCCAUUUAUAUCUAAUUGCCAAGUUCCUAUUGCACCGAAUAAUUUUCAUAUGAAAAUCAAUAUAUUUUAAAAUAAGCGUGCUUUAAAUUGUUGCUUACUGUCGGUUUCAGUUGUAACUUUUUCUGCAAGUUUCAAGUAUAUUUUAUCAUUGUUGCCUAUAGGGCAAAUGCUUCACAAAAUCAAUCUCUUUGUUUCCCUAUGGUUUCCGAGACAAGCCAGAUAAAAUGCUAUAAACAACUGUAUAAAAUGAGAGUCUGAAAACAUGAGCCGAGCUUGAUGGUGGUUUUAAGUACGUAUGGGACUGAAUUUAAGGCCUUUUAAAUACAAGACCUAUGAAUAAAAGGUUUCAGACUCCUAAAUGCAUUACA